AUGAAUGGUAAUUACGACUUAUCUGUACCUUUCACUAAUAAUACAAAUAAACGCGACCGAUCAACUAAACUAAAAUCAUUUUGGUUUGUGGCUCCUCGUGCAUCUGUUCCUCCUGCUGGUGAUGGCAAUGACGAUGUUGGUCGUGCUUGUGUUGUUCUUCCUGUUGGUGUUAGUCUUGGUGCUGACGAUGUUUCCGCUUCCUCCGCUCUUGUCAUCAUAUCAUUUCCUGUCUGA